AUGGGUUCCCUAGCUAAUGAUAGUAAGACUGAGAACGGGCCACUUCUCGGCAACAUCAAAGAUGUGGCUGUCAUUGGUGCCGGCAUAAGCGGAGUGGUGUCAACGGCCCACCUCCUCCGGGCCGGGUUCAACGUCACCGCGUUCGAACGGACCGGCGUGGUCGGUGGUGUAUGGGACUACGAACCUCAAGCAGACAGAGCUCCACCAUUCCCUAAUGUUAUACCUCCUGUUCCAAAUUGCUAUGCCGGGUUAAAGAAUAACAUCCCAACCCCUGUCAUGCGAAGUAGUCUACUACGCUGGCCAGAAGGUAGCGAGGACUUCGUAGACCAAAAGGUGGUUAAUACAUAUAUCAACGAUAUUGCUCGGCUCCACAACGUCAACGAUCACGUACAAUUUCACACCCGAGUGGAAAGCGUGUCCAAGCCAGAAGGUGACAGAAAAUGGACCGUUAAGACGAGCACAUUUUCGAGAACGGAUUCUGGCCACGCGUUGACGAAGAAGAGCUGGAAGUUUGACGCGGUUGUAGUAGCGAGUGGACACUACCACACCCCGUUCGUCCCAGAUAUUCCGGGAUUAGCAGCAUGGAAGCAAAGAUUUCCGGAUCGAAUUACCCACUCAAAGCAAUAUCGAACGCCUGCUCCUUUCGCCAACCAGACAGUGCUCAUUAUUGGCGCUGGCGUCUCAGCUGUUGAUAUUGCGAACGAGACGGCCGCGUUGGGAGCCAAAAUAGUUCAAAGUAGACGAGUAAGCAAGUAUGACGUGCUUGGACCGCGUCUCCCCGAAGGUGUCACCAGGGUCCCGCUAGUCGCCAAGUUCGUCAUCGAUGACAAUGCCGAAGAUGAUAAAGCCCAGACACUAAAAUCCGGUGACUCAAUACCCGGCAAAGCUAUACUUGAGGACGGACAAGUUAUAGAAGGAAUCGACCGUGUUGUUAUCGCUACGGGGUACAUCACUACUUACCCCUUUCUGGGAGAUUUAGAACAACCUCUGCUCCCGUGGCAAGACGCCGACGACAAGGUGCUAAUAACGUCCGACGGCUACAUUACGCAUAACCUGCACAAGGACAUAUUCUAUAUCCCAGAUCCAUCACUGGCAUUCAUAGGUGUCUCACACUACGUGUCGACAUUUUCACUCUUCGAUUUCCAAGCCCAGGUUGCGGCCAAAGUCUUCGCAGGGCACGCCAAGCUCCCGCCCAAGUUGGCUAUGAAGCAAGAACACAAGGAAAGGAAAGCUCGGUUCCAACCCGACGAUAAGUUCCACAGUAUGUUUGCCAUAGAGGACACGUAUAUAGAAGAGGUCUUAAACUGGGUCAACGGAGACGUAACGAAAGCUGGAAAAGAGCCGUUGCCGGGGUUGGAUGAGGAGUGGCACAACGGCUACAAGCUUCUCAAAGAAAAACUUAAGAGCUCCAGAAACCCGUAG